CGCCGUCCAGCGGCUAAGUUGUGUAUAACUUGUCCUGUCUAAAUCAAACAGAUGGUGUCAAACAUCAGCUAAGCUAACACGUACAAACCUUCAAAUUUUCUUUCGACGCUUCGCAGUUUAGCGCAGCGCCUCUUGUUUUCCCAUCAUAAGAUCUGCUCCAACUGUAAACUCUUUAAAUGGUUCAUCUGAAUGUGUGCAUAGUGUCUGAGAGUCGCAGCCCUGCAUUCCAAAAAGGAAGACGAGUACUUCACCAUGAGCUCAGAUGAUGGUGACCUGGAGAACCAGGCUGAGCUGGAGGAGAAGACCAGACUCAUCAACCAGGUGCUGGAGCUCCAGCACACCUUGGAGGACCUGUCUGCCCGGGUGGAUGCAGUGAAGGAGGAGAACCUGAAGCUGAAGUCGGAGAACCAGGUUCUGGGCCAGUACAUCGAGAAUCUCAUGUCUGCCUCUAGUGUCUUCCAGACGACUGACACCAAGAGUAAACGGAAGUAGGCAGAACCUCUGACAUCACAGGGCCCAGUCAGACCCAGAAAGGUCACAGUGUCUGGCCUCAUGGACUCUUUAAUAACAUCUUGUCUGGGACAUAAUGCCAAGCCUGAAUGUAAACAUUGGUAUUUAUCUUCACUUGACCACUAGGGGGCAGUGUUGCUUUGUUUAGAUAGGUUUUGGAGACGUCAGAUACAUAAGCUGGUUAGAAGGAGGAGGAGUCAGCCUGAGGAUCAGCAGGGGAUUGGACGAAUCAUGUUAUGAUGUAAUGAGCUGUUUCAUUUCUCAGUAUAUUAGUUUACUUGACUUUUUUUUUCCUAGCAUAGAUUUCAAAACGGAGUUUGAUUAAUUUACACAAUUAUGCUAACUUUUCUUUUCAAACACAGGUGGAAUUUAGGAAAUCCAAUCAAUUUUUAAUACCUGAAGCACUCGCACUGUAAAUACUGUGUUAUAAACAAGAUACAUGACAUCACUCAGGUAAACUACACAUUUGCUACAUAAUUUAGUUACGAAGCAGAAAAAAGAGGAUAAAAAUAAACUUAUCUCCAUGGCUGCUUUCAAAAAUCUGCUGUUCAUCUCAUAUGAGAAAGAUGUAGGGCUGCAACUAAUGGUUAUUUUAGUAAUCGUUUAAUCUAUCAAUUAUUCUGGUGAUUAAUCAGACAAAAAAAUUGGUUCAUUCUACAGAUUUUUCAUUUAAUCAUGUAAGCCUUUUUAUACAUUAAGAGACAAUUAAUUCAAUUAAUUUAAAAAUAAUUUUAUUGCCAAAGAUGCAGCGCAGUAGCGUACAGCAUGUUGUUUUAAUAGCCAUAUUACCUUUUUUUGAGUCUGUAACUUCUAGUUAACAAUUAGUUGACAAUUAUUUCAAUAACCGAUUAAUCACAAUCACUCCAAUUAAUCAUUUCAGUCCUAGAGAGAUAUCAAUGGCAGAAAAUCAACUGUCGGACAGCCCGUUUUCUUCAUGCCGUCUGAUUGGAGCGACUCAGACCAUUGGUUCUGCAGUACCAGCUGCUCGCUCUGAAAGCACACAGCCUGAGAUCCGCCCACAUCAUCCUGACGGCCUGCAGAGCGAUGGGGCUGCAGUGCUUGGAAGCGCAGGUGGCUGGAGGGCAGAGAGACGGUUUAUCUGCUGGCUUCGCCACUCUGCUGCCGGAGAACAGCAGAAACAACACUGCCUUCUGGUGGUCACACAUUCCAUUACGUUCUGUUGUCUGAAACAUGGGGCCUCUGUCCGUGUUCAGAAACCCUCAGUGAGUCAGUAUUAGUUCUGUUGUACAGAUGAAGCAGUCAGUGUUUCCUGCUGCGCUCAGUAACGUCUCUGUCUGUGCUUCCUGUGAUUGGCAGCCAUGUUAGAUUUAAAACACAGGUCUUCUACCCUGUUGUGCUUGUGGAUUGUUUUUAUUAUUUCUAAUAUUGACUGAAUAAAGUUGUGAUGGUUGUUUCUGAUGAA